AUGAGCGAUGGUAGGUCUGUAAGUGGCCAACUGAAAAAGUUCGUGUUUCGUGGCAAGUCAUCAAGUAACGGCGACACUCGAGGUGAAUAUUUGGAGAUAGUUAUACCGGAGCUUCUGACGGCUGGCUAUUCGUUCUACACGUGGCCGUCGGCACCCUUAUUAGCUUGGUAUUUGUGGACUCAAAGGCGACAUUUACGCGGACUCCGCGUAUUAGAGCUUGGCUGUGGAACUGGCCUGCCAGGCAUCUUAGCUGCGAAGUGUGGCGCCCGUGUUACGCUCACUGACAGCGUCGCUUUGCCGCGGUCCUUGCGGCAUCUGUCUGCGUGUUGUGAGGCCAAUGGUCUCGUCGUUAAUCGCGACGUAAAGAUCCUAGGUCUUGCCUGGGGCCUAUUCCUAUCAGAAGUUCACGCACUUAGACCAGUAGACUUAAUAUUAGCUUCAGAUUGUUUUUACGAGCCCUCCCAGUUUGAAGAAGUGCUAUCGACAGUCGCUUAUCUGCUAGACGGCACUGACGCCCGAUUUUUAUGUUCUUACCAGGAACGCAGCGCGGACUGGUCCAUUGAGGCUCUUCUGAAGAAGUGGGGCCUGAAGGGAGCAUUGCUGGACUUGGACUCACUCAGUGAGAGUUCAGGUGUUGACUACCGAGCAUUGGUAGCAGAUAGAUCUUUGCAUUUACUUGAAAUUGUGGCACUCUAA